CUGACUGUCACUUCAAUUCACCUUGGCAAGAGCAAACACACCCGAUUGAAGCGUUAAAGUGUAGAGCAAGAUACGACAUGUGAAGGCACGUUUGACAAGAGUUCAUCAAAAAUACCAACAGUGACGCCAAAAUAAUUGAAAGAGAACUAGCGAUGUUUUACAAAAACACGAUUAAAUAAAUGGCGCCUUUCAUCAGUAUCCCUACAAGAACCUCAUAUCGUCAGGAAUGCGGGGGAAAGCUGACUUCAGAACUGCAGCAACCUUAUAGGAUCAAGUGCGCUUGAAGCGGAAAUCGAAGCGAGCUGUCCAAGGUCCUGAAAACGCGCCAAACCAUGGGUAUACAACACUUUCUGCUGCUUCUCAUUUAUUUGGAUCCAAUGAACGUGUUUUGUACUUUGACGGCCAAACGAGUCAAACCUGCGCCCAAACGGACUCAGAAGCCGAAAGAACUGAACAACACCACCACCGUCGUACCUUCAGCGUCCACGCAGCGGAUCACGCAGCUCCGUCCAUCGCACACCCACGAGACGUGCCUGGGUUACUACGACGUGAGCGGACAGUUCGAUAAGGAGUUCGAGUGCAAUAACACCGACCACCGCUACUGCUGCGGCUCGUGUUACUUGCGCUUCUGUUGCCAAUUUAAAGGCAACCGGUUAGAGCAGAGAACAUGCAAGAACUACCAAAAACCGGACUGGGUGAAAACUGUGCCCCCAUCUCCUGUUCCAACAGGUGAUACUUAUGAUCCGAGUAUGGACCAAACGAACACCGCGGUGUACAUUACCUGUGGUGUGAUUGCUUUUAUCAUAGUCCUUGGGGUUUCAACAAAAGUCGCAUAUGACAAAGCAACCCAACCGCCUCAGGAAAUGAACAUUCACAGAGCCCUAGCAGAUAUACUUAGACAACAAGGACCAAUUCCUAUAUCACAGUAUGACUGUGAAAACUUUGCGGCGAUGAACAGCUCACCCAAAGACAACACGCCACAGCGAACGGGAUCCAAAAACCACUACACCCCUGUUCACAGCUCAAAGUCAAAUCAUGGUGGGCAUUAUUCGAAGGAGAGCACUCGAGGGGGUGGACAUGACCUUCACAACUUCAUAUCUUCUGGAUUUGUGACGCUUGGCCGAAGCAGUGCGAAAGGGGAAAAACACUGGCCGGUGCGGUCUCAGAGUCACCAUGGAGUGCAUCAACAUAACUUCAACCAUCUUGGUCCCAGCAGCCCAACUCGAACACCUAAAAAUGCUCACAGAUCUCUAAGGCAUGAAAACACACGAAUGAACAACAUCCUCACGUCACAGACCGAGCCGUACGAUCUGUCCUUCUCUCGAUCCUUCCAGAGUCUCUCCCACCUCCCCCCUUCUUAUGAAUCUGCCGUGAAAGCUGACCUCAACAAAUACUCCUCACUCAAGAGACUAACAGAUAAGGACAUGGAUGACUACUAUAGCAGGAAGAGGCAUCUUCCAGACCUAGCGGCUCGAGAAACCCUUCCAUUGCACAUGAUAAAGAUAAACCAAGAGUCCCAGAGCAGUCAGCAGGUCCAGCAACAGCAGCAACAACAGCAGCAACAACAACCGCCUCGCCAGCGUCCCCGCAGGGUUCAGAGAGCCAUGUCCCAGGACCGCGUGCUGUCCCCUGAGCGCAGCUACGCAAACGACUACGCCAUGACCUCCUACAACAUAUCCCCUUACGGGGGACGAAUCCUCUCUGACGAGCAACUCCUCUCUGCUGAACGCUUGCGCUCCCACGAACGGCUUGUCUCCCAGGACCGCCUCCACUCACAAGACCGGCAUUAUUCCCAGGACCGCAUCCACACGCAGGACCGCUUGAUGUCACAGGAACGCCACCAUUCUCAGGAACGUCUCCAUUCCCAAGACCGCCUUUACUCACAAGACCGCCUCUACUCGCAAGACCGCCUGCAUUCCCAGGAUCCGCUUAUCUCUCCUGACAAGAUGAUGUCCAUCAAACGCUCCGGGUUCCUCAAUGAAAAUUCCAUGUCCAGAGCUAUAUCCCACACAGACGUGUUCAUGCCCACCACGCCCAUCCUGGAUAGCUACAAGAUGACAAAAAUGCACUCCCAUCCCAGUGCCACAAACAACAUUACACAGAACACUUUAACCAUGAACCAGACGGCCUCCAAGAGGCAGGCUUUCGCCUCGCGUCGCACACAGACGGUAGAGCAGCUCCACUACGUUCCACAGCAACAUCACCAUCACUACCGUACAGGGAGCAAGACUGAAGUAACUGUUUAACCAAUCAGAAGCCUCCAGUAAUAAUUGAACCACAAUCUCAAGCUACAACAGCAGUGUUCAAGAGCUGUCUCAAAUACAAUUCUUUUCUGCUGCUCUUCAGUAACUGACCCAGCACCAGCUACUCUAAAGUUAUUACUGAGCCAAUUCAGUAUGCAUACCCAUUCAUUUAUAUGUGUUUGUAGAUCACAAGAAAAGGAUGGACACAUAGGGAACACAGAUUCUGCAUUCAUAAGGGCUUUGCAUGGUGACUCACAAAGACCGACAAAUGACUAUCAGAAGUUGUGAAAGAACGAUGUGGACAGGGAACAAAAUUGUAUAAAUUUAUAUAUAUAUACAUAUAUAAAUAAAAAAUACUGUUUGUACUUCCAGUCCUAGUCAAUAGCUUUAGGAGUUCUUAUAAUAUUCGCACUUCUAUUGGUGCCACUACAAAAAUGCACCAUUUCAACAAUGAAGUGGUUUUGUGGGUUAAAAAGCACAAUCAAGUAACAGUUUCAUUUCGUUCUGUUUCGUUCAUUUGUUUGGUUGGUGAUGGCUAGCACAUAUCAGUUUGUUUUUUAAAUGAAUGGCCAAUUAUUUUGCAAAGAUGAUUGUAAAUAAGCUCUUUCGGCCACAUUAAAUGGACAAGUCUGUUCUGGUCGGCAUUUGUUUUAUUGUAGUUUGAUUUAGAGUGAUUCAAGAGUUCAGAAUUAUAGACGACCCACUAACCCAGUGUUGGACAAUUUAAAGUAAUACGAUACAGUGUGUGUCUUUUCAAAUGUGUUUGUAGAAUGAGAACAGGGUGAAUGUUGUUGAAAAAAAUGACAUAACUGUUGAUAUCUGGCUGUAGACUGUGUUGCAGUGUCUCACAAGACAAAAUGAGUAUAUUAUGCUUGUUGUUGUAGUUUCAAAUAAACCAUCCUUAUUUUUCUA